AACAGGGCUGGGCUGGUGACUGAGCCUCACCCUGCCAUGUAAGGCAAGACAGUAGGUUCCCAUGCUACAGUAGGUUCCCAUACUGAGUCUCACACACACCGACAGACACACAGUCGCAACAGUCAGAUCACCGUCAGGAAGGCCCACGGACAACUAAUCUGAUACAGAUUGGGUGCAGGCUGCUCAGACUCACUCUACAAGCACAGAAUCAGUCAACCCAGUCAUCAGAACAGUUCAUUGACAAGUCACAGCCACAGUCAAACAGUGAAUACCAGUCAACCAGUGAAUACCAGACUAGCCAGAGGCUAAAUCUGAUCCCACCUUUGGGAAGAGAAAGUAGAGGUCCUUAAGCUCUAUUGUACAGGUGUACCUCAAGUCCCACAAACAAAGAAGGAGAACACCAGCAGAGUGUCAAGAUGCUGACAGACGAGGUGUCUCAGAUACAGGAGGUUCGGUACUGUCUGAAGACCUUGAGGGAACAGAUGGCCACCAGACAGAAUAACAAGCUUCCAGCCAAUGGUUACAAAGUCAGUGUCACCCUGCCUACCAACCCAGCAAUUGUCACCAAUUGUAAAAUUGUUGGGACUGAGUCAGAAACAAAUGUCAGGGAGAAUUCAGAGGACAGUGCAAAGAUAAGGGACGUGAGCAAGCGCCUGUAUGCCCAGCUGAAGGAGUCAGAGAAGAGACACCAGGAGGAGAGAGACAGAAUGCAGGCUGAAAGCGAUGAGUUCAGCCGGCGCCUGGACGAGCAGUCGAAGCACCUGCAGUGGGUGGAGGGGGAGGCGGGGGAGCGAGGUCAGAGGGUGGAGGAGUUGCAGAGGCUGCUGGGGGGCAUGGAGCUGGAGGGUGCUGUCCUGAGGGGCAAAAUAGCCGCCAGUGAGGCUGAACUGCUGCAGCUGAGAGCAGCCCAGGGGGGGGUGCAGGAGAAAAAGCAGAGAACUGAGGAGCUGGAGAAGGAGCUGGCUGUCCUGAAGGAGAAAAUCCAUCACCUGGACGACAUGCUGAAGAGCCAGCAGAGGAAGGUCCGCCACAUGAUCGAACAGCUGCAGAACUCACGGACAGUAAUACAGGAGAGAGAGAGAGUGAUCAGGGAUCUAGAGGAGAAGGUGGCUUUUCUGGAAGCUGAGAACACAGAGAUGCGUGACCAGAUAGAGUACUUCCAGGAGGGUCAGAAGCCUGCUUCUCCGCCCACCAAAGAAUGCAAACCCAAUCCCCAGAUUAUCUACAGGUGACAACAACACCUUCCUGUCUUUUAUCUCUAUAGGGUCGGUUUCCCGGACACAGAUUAAACCUAUUCCAGGACUAAAAAGCUAUUGUAAUGGAGAUUUUUCAUUGAGUCAAAAAAGAAAAAGAUAUAUUUACACAAAAAUCAAUUCAGUCAAUGUGUGGUUAUCUUCAUGAACAACACAGCAGCAACACAGUAUAAUGUUCCAGGAUAGAAAAGAGGGCCAAGGAAGUUGGUAUAUUUCUGUUCUUUUGCCCACCUUCAUCAAUGCACGGAAAUAAGUCACUGCCUUUAAUCGGAGUCAUCGAUAUCAUGUCCUGAGCAGAGGGAGAUAAAGAUCAAGAGAGAUGGAUAGAGGAAGUGAUCAAAUGAGAGAGACAUAUGGUUGGUGUGUGUGUGUAUCUACAGUUGAAGUCGGAAGUUUACAUACACUUAGGUUGGAGUCAUUAAAACUCGU